AUGAAUAAUGCUUAAGUACCUGCCUUUUUUAUUUUUACCUCCAUUAUACUAUACUUUGUGGGCUUGCUAAUUGAAUUCUUCUUCAAAGCAAUAGAUAAGAUUUUUGAAAAAAAAGUUCCAUUACAUAACCAUACAACAUUUUCAAUGUAAAAAUAAUAGGAUGUUUAAUUACAUCAUCAAAAUCAAUCUUCAUAUUUAGUUAAAUCGAAUAAAUAUACUUAAUAUUUGGUUUAAAAGCUAAAAAUGGUGACUCAGAGUUUUUAGAGUAGAAUUAAACAAACAGUAACACUGUGUCUAUUAGAUUUAACUAUGGCUAUUACACUUCAAUUAAUUUUUGGAAAACAAUAUUAUCAUAGUAUGAUAUUAAUCAACACUAUUCUUGCACUAUUAUUUUGUCUCUUAAUAAUAUUUUAAUUAAGACAGUCAUAUUAUGUUAUAGGUAUUCAUA